AUGAGUCCUCGCCAUGCUGGUUCUGCUGUCGUAGCUUCGGUCGCCCCAGCGCCUGUGCAAAAGCUGGGUCGUGCUGGUGAUUGCAGUGCUGCCGGAUGUGGUUAUCCAGGUGUAUGUGCGCAUGGUAGUGUCCGAUUCAUUGGACCAGGUACCCAGGAUUUUAUAGAUGAAGAAGAGACUCUUCUUAAGGACAAAGUAUGGCUCGAGGAAACCGUAGCUAUCUACUCUUGCGAACGUGGUUUCGUGCUACUGGGGCCUGCACGAAGACAGUGCCAGGCUGAUGGCACGUGGUUACCAGAGGGCAUACCAUUUUGUGUUCUAAAUGUUGCUGGAGGCAAGGCACCGAUGCAAUCUAGUAGUUCGGAGGGUGGAAUUCCGCAACGAGCAGUAGAUGGUAGCAGUGGUCAGAUCUAUAGUCCCCAAACUUGCACCCUGACCAGGCCAGAACACAGGCCGUGGUGGUACGUGAACCUACUCGAGCCAUAUAUGGUGCAACUCGUGAGACUCGACUUUGGCAAGCCAUGUUGCGGUGAUGGAAUACCUGGAACGAUUGUAGUUCGUGUCGGCAAUAAUCGUCCAGACUUGGGUACCAAUCCAAUUUGCAAUCGCUUUACUGGGCCUCUUGAAGAAGGUCAGCCCCUAUUUCUACCUUGUAAUCCACCUAUGCCAGGAGCUUUUGUCUCCGUGCAUCUUGAAGCAAAUGCACCGACACCGGUACCUGUGCAACUGUCGCUCUGCGAGGCCUUCGUGUACACUGAUCAGGCACUUCCAAUCGAAAGAUGCCCACAGUUUAGAGAUCAUCCACCGGGAUCGACGGCCACUUAUAAUGGAAAAUGCUAUAUUUUCUAUAAUCGUCAACCAAUGAUAUUCAAAGAAUCUCUGGCGUUCUGUCGUGCGAGAGGCGGCACCUUGGUGGACGAAAGCAAUCCUGCGCUGCAAGGAUUCAUCUCGUGGGAGUUAUGGAGACGUCACAGGAGCGACACUUCGAGUCAAUACUGGAUGGGUGCAGUGAGAGAUCAAAAAGAUCGUUCAGUUUGGCGAUGGACCGGGAGUAGCGAAGAAGUCUCAGUUUCUUUCUGGAGCCUACCUCAAGGCACAGAAGAAGAUUGCGCCCGAUACGAUGGUAGCAGAGGCUGGCUCUGGUCUGAUACACCUUGUACAGCUCGGUUAAAUUUCAUCUGUCAGCAUCAACCACGAGCGUGUGGUAGGCCAGAACAGCCGCCGAACUCGACAAUGACCGUGACCACGCCAACAGAUCGGAGUUCAGCGAGCACGUAUGAAGUCGGAGCAACGGUGGAGUAUACCUGUAACGCGGGUAGCCUUCUUAUAGGACCGUCGACUCGGACCUGCCUCGACACCGGUUUCUACAACGAGUUUCCACCGAUCUGUAAAAGCAUCGAGUGCGGCUAUCCAGCGAACGUGAAACAUGGAGGGUACACGCUCAUUAAUAAUACCGUGACCUAUCUCAGCCAGGUGUUUUAUUCCUGCGAAGAAGGGUACGAGAUGACAGGACGUGCAAGAUUGACUUGCGACAUCGACGAACGUUGGAACGGACCACCGCCGCGUUGCGAGCCUAUUUUAUGCAAUCCUCCGACACCUGUUCCAUACAGUCACAUCCAGAUCGAUGAGAUCGACGAAACUGAGAAGAUUCCAGGAAAGGCGAGUCAGAAUCGAAGCCUUCUCGUUGGCAGUAUCGUCACGUAUACCUGCGAGAAGGGCUACAGACUCAAUGGUUUCAGACAAAUACUAUGUCUACCUACUGGACUGUAUGAUCAUGUCGCACCUACCUGCACGGAGGAGCCUCAAAGCACGGUUACCGUCCCCCCCAAGAUAACAGUGCGAUCAACUACGGCUAGAACACGUCACACGUUCCUACCGCCUAAGGUGCGACCGACAACCUUGUCAACGACUACCACGACCACCACCACAGUCUUUCCUACCCGGAAAGCUGCCAGUACCGGUGAAUUACCAGCUACAGUCAGGGAAACCGUUCAGAAAAAGCCGAUCAGCGGUCUACAAAGGCCGGGCUCGUCUACAACUAUACUGAACGAUGACAGCAGCGAUCAUCCUCAGGAUAACGAGAUAUCCGGGAGCGGCGUAGACAACGCACAGGUUGGCAUCGGGACCGGCGUGCUGGAGCCAUCCGGUCCAUUCAGAGUGGAUAGCGCGAAUCAACCGCAUAACACCCAUCAAGCAAAAUUAAAUCUGGGCGCUGUGAUCGCGCUGAGUGUCUUUGGUGGUUUCGUAUUCCUCGCCGCUGUGAUUACUACGGUUGUGAUACUUAUACGCAGGAAUCGUGGAAGAAGUAGUAAGCACUACAGACACCGUGCAUCUCCUGACUGCAACACCGUAGCUAGUUUCGGAAGCAGUUCUUCAGAAAGUCGAGGUGGCUUGAAUCACUAUUACAGACAGGCUUGGGAGAACCUGCACGAGACCGCUGGUCAGAAAGUUGCUCAUCCACCGCUCCGUCGCAAGGAAACCCUGGAUGAACCAGGAUACCGAGAAAAUUAUCGCGGCAACAACACUGAAAGGGAUGGUUCGGAGUUAGUUGUGAGCGACGUUGCCACUUACCCAUCCAACAAGCAUGCCAGCAUCUCUGACAAGAAACGCCAUCAUCAUCAUCAUCAUCAUCAUCACGAUAAUUCCACGCCUGAGUGGAGACCGUCGCAGUCUCAUCACAGAUAUUGA